AUGUGCUUCUUAAUUUAUCCUCACCCGCUCCUUAAAAAUUCGUAUACCGUGAGAAACAUCGCGAGAGAAGGCUAUUUUUUGGCCCAGCGGGACGCUGAGGCCGAAUCAGGAGCGGCUGGAGGCGACAAAGCUGCAUCCACGGAACAUGAGCGCAUCAAACCAAUAAUUGUCACCGCUGCGCCAUCUCUCGGAGAGGGGCUGGACUCUGGCUCUUCCCCGUCAUGGUAUUUGGCGUUGGCCUGCGGUAUUGGAAUCCGCACUAUAGGGUGGUUGGGUGCAUAUCAUGUGCGUAAUGAUGCACGAGGGAGGGCGCAGGAUGAGGAAUCAAUGGGCCACCCUGGAUUUGUGAUUGUAGAGGCACAAAGCAACUCGCCUCGAUUAACUACCCUUGACGAUGAUUUCCAAGCAGAGAGGAAAAAUGUUCCAGUGUGA